AUGGACUCCUUAACUUUUGCUGUGGUGAACAUCCCUGUGUCCAUUAUCAGCAUUAUUAUGAAUAUUUUUUUACUGUUCUGUAUGUUCUUUCCACAGCAAGGAACAGAGCGGCUGAAACAACCUCUUAAUAUCUUGCUGGGAACCCUUGUGGGGUGCAACUUCACUCUUCAAGUCUGCAUUUUUGUGUAUACCAUCAUGGAAUCUGACUUACUUUGGUCAAGUAAUAUAGGUUAUUCUGUUAUAAUAGAAAUUAUCUUGUUUACCAUGAGGACCAGUGUAACCUCAUCCCUUUGGCUGAAUGUCUUCUACUACUGCCAGAUUGUUCCUGCUCAGUGCUCUGUCUUCAUCUUUUUGAAGAAGAACAUUAGAUUCUUCAUAUACUCAGCUUUAAUAGCGGACAAAAUCUUCUUCAUGCUUGGGUUCUCUGAAGGCAUUGCUCUAACUGCAGCGCGUUUGGAGCUUUAUGACCUUUACGAAUAUGACUUCAAUAUUACAUACACCAUACAAUGGGAUGAGGCACAUGCAAAGAUGGAUACACUGUAUUUUAUGUUUAGGGUAGACACGUGGUUAAGAUUUAGUUAUUUAUUGCUCUGUCUAUUUGUGAUGUCGACAUCAAGCUGUGCGACUAUUCUUUACCUGUGGAAACACAUGAAGAGCAUGGAGGGAAGCAGCAGCUCCUUUUCAUCUCCUCGCCUCCAGAGACAGAUGAGAGUGACAAUCACAGGCAUCAUUCAGACUUUUCUUUACUUCCUUUGCUUAGUCUGGAUAUUAGUGAGAGAAUUACUUGUAUUUGUAUUCUAUCUAUCUCUUGAUUUGAAUGGUCAUAUUUGUUGCUCUGUUGUCGGUUUGUACUCUUUUGGAUCCACCAUUAACUUGUGUGUUGGCCAGACAAUAUUUCGUCAGCGAGUAAUUGAAGUUUGGCAAAAAUUCCUCAAAAUUGCCAUGUUGUUAUCCAAGUGAAUC